CUUUCCGAGGACAUUUGUGUCAGAGCCGUGUUCCUUCCUUCCUCCCUCUCUCUCUCUCUCUGCUGCCUUCCUUCCUUUCUCUCUCUAAAGACGACUAGUAAUGAAGAUCAUGCACAGCACAAAAGGCAGGCAGGCCCCUCUCCUGAUCCUCUGUGUCAGAGCCCAAAUCUCCCUUUCUCUGUCCUCCCCACCCUAUCUUCCCCGACCUUAACUCCCCUCCCCCCUCUCUCUCUCCCGCUGCUGCUCUCGCUCUCACCUUCCUCUCUCCUGCCUCCCACGAUUCCCUCUCCAGCCUUUUAAGCGACGCGCCAGCUUCCACCGGAGUUCUCUCUCUCUCUCUCUUGAUCCUCCAGCCUUCUCCGCUCCCUCUCCUGCUGCUCCGCGCCGUUUCAUGGCACGGAAGAGAACGGCGCGCCCGCCACCGCCACCGCCGCCAAACCCUAACCCUAACCGCCGCGCCGUGGCCAGCACCGCCGCCGCCCCGGCCCCGGCCUCGGGCACGGCGUCACCGUCCAAGCGCAUGCUGGCGUUCCACUUCCUGCGCGCGCUGGCCCGGAUCCACAGCGCCACACCCGUGCCGCGCCGCACGCGCACCAUCCGCCGCGCGGCCUACUCGUCCAUGGCGCGCGCCGCCAACCCGCGCCGCGCGUGGACACAGGCGCUGCUCCGCCAGGUGCGCGUGCGCAGGGCCAUGAGGUCGAGGCGCGCGGUCCUGCUGCGGAGGCGCGUCUCCGCCGCGCCACCUGCGCCUCCUCUCGGCGCCGCCAGGAGCAUCGUCUCUGCCGCCGGAGAGACGGCAACGGAGGCGAUGACUCUAGCCAGGGGCGGGCCGCCUCCGCGGCAGGCGGGGGAGCCGGCGAGGGCCGACGCGCUCCGGCGGCUGGUCCCCGGCGGCAGCGAGAUGGAGUACUGCAGCCUCCUCGACGAGACCGCCGACUACCUGCGGUGCCUCCGCGCGCAGGUGCAGCUCAUGCAGAACCUCGUCGACCUCUUCUCCGGCCAAUGAUCGAACCAGUAAUUAAUUAAUACCGCAUGGUUAAUUAAUUCUUGUUCUUGCACCGCCGAUCAUAUGCUGCUGCCGCCGCUGUUUGUAUCUAGAUCAUCGCAUAUCUCUUGUUCAUGUCACAUGAGAUCGAUAUGCAUGAUUAAGAUAGGAGAUUGUUCAGAGGAGAGGGAUUAUUAUUGUUGGUACAUACUUUUAGUUGGUAAGGUUAUUAGUAGGUGUAUAGAUUGGGAACGCAUGGAGGAUUGGAGGGAGAUUGAGGUAAUUAAUUGUAACAUAUAUAUAGAGAGAGAGAAACUGAUGAAGCAUGGAGUCACAUACAUAUAAGCUAGUGCAAAAUAUACUUGUUGUUGGGGGUCAGAUGAUUGAUAUGCGUAUAUGUUUGUGAGUUGUGGAACCAUGUCAUCUAUUUUUUGUAGCUAGCUACACAUGUAGGUAGCUGUUUCAUACACACGCACUUUUCUGCCUGUCAAUUUUCACUUUUAUGUAGGUCUAUCUGAAUGAGGAGGAAGGUAAUUUGCUCGUAGCAUGUAUGGCAUGCAUGAACCUAGCUUUACCAUGGGUGCGUGGUUGCAUGAAUGCAUGAAGCAUGCAUAUUAUUACCGACUCUUUUUUUUUCUAGAGCUAGAUGGCUGAUUGAGUUGGCUAUAUUAGCUCUUGUUUUCUCGGUAGUGUAUAGCUGCUGCACAUGUGUAUGUAUUUCUCUCUCUCUCUCUCUCCCUGACUCCCCCCCCGGGCCCCCUCCUUCUCUCUCUCUCCCUCCCAUUACUGGGUCUGGAAGAGACAACUAGCUAGCUAGAUGAUGCUCUAGCUAGUUGUUGCCUUGUGUAAUUGGAGUGCUAGGAUGGUGCUUAUGUUCAAUUGGUUUGGUGGAGUGUUCCCUUUCUCCUCUCAAAUUUGGGAAAGUGGGAUCCACAGAGUCUAUGAGGGAUAGGGCUGCUGAACUUUGAGCUUGAGAAGACAUAUGACUUGUAGCCAAAGGAACCAAAAGACAUUCUCUCUACAGGCAGUUAGCAUCUUUCGAUUAAAGGGCCUAGCGCCCUUUUGUUUUUUCCUUGGGAAAUACAUAUUUUUUUUCCUCCUCACCUUCCAUCAACUACGCCAACUAAUUAUCCCCCGUUCCUUUUUAGGUGCCACCGGCUCUAAAGAGUACUAUAUUCUGUGUACUCGAUGCUAUCAAGUUUUUCUCUUUGGUUUUUUUCUCGUGUGUUAUUCUUGGUUGUUGUCUUUGACACAUGCGUUUGUUGCUUUCUUUUUGAGGUAAGAAUCUGAAAGGCUUAAUACUGGCUUCUUCUCUUCAUUUCAAGUGAUCAAAAGAGAAGUAAUCUGUCCAAAUUAUGCGCCAUUGGGUAGUUUGAGCACAUUCAUGCAAAUCUUACCAAAACUGUUCAUAAUUCAGGCUACCUAGGAGUAUUUAUUUAUGGUUUCCUUAUAGGUUUCCCCUUUUUUUAAUUUAUUUGCUUUCUGUUCUCUUUGCACAUAUGGUGUACCUAUUUAUUUUGUAUGAACACAUUAUCCGUACUGUUUAUCUGUUAUGAAAAAAUGAUAGAUUUAUUUGUUUUUA